AUGAAAACUGUCUUAAUUCCUCUUUAUAUGCAUACAUCUGAUACUUGUUGUGAUUGUCAACCUGGUCAUUCGUUUAAAGCAGACUGGUGUCUUGACCUUCACGGUUUUUUAUCUCGUGAAGAAUUCGCCUCUAGACUUAAUCAAAUAAAUAAUCAUGUCAAAGGCGUUGAACUAAUGACUUUUGGAAAUGGGCGUAUAAACGUAUUAAAACUCGGUUUUUGUAUGAGUAUUAAAUUUGCUUCACUAUUUAGUGAUAAUGCAUUGAUAAUACUUGAGAUAAAUGAUGCCCUUUCUGAUCUUACAGCUAAUACUGUCCGUGUAAAUAUUGAGUAUGAAACAAUCUUCCCUGUUGAGAAUACUCCUAUGGUUAAUGUGAACCAUAAUGUGUAA